UGGUUGCGACCACGCUGAGGCAUUUAAACCCCUCAUGCAGGUGAUACUCCGAAAUUAGACUCAAAAAUGACAAAUUUCUAAAUUGCAACUUCAAGGAGUUGAAGACUCCCCACAAACAUCAGUAUUCUCUAUUUUCUCAUCAUCAAAGGUUCGACAAUGGAGGUCUGCAAACAUGUCAUCAUCCCUCGUAGCAUUUCCACGUGUAAUACCAUUCUCAGGAAAAUGCCUGGCAAUCUGACGGGCCAGACCCCCAGCUGCCAGAGAAAUAUCAAUAUUUCUCAUUGUCUCAGCAUUACUAAAGAUUCGCCAACGGAAAUCUCCAAUCACGUCAUCACUUCUCGCCACCUGCACACCAGCGCUCGCCACCUCAAGAAAAUGCCUGACAACCUGAAAACCAAGAACCCCAGCUCGCAGAGAUGGCUGGUCCGACAGAUUCAAGAUCCCUACGUGGAGAAGGCACGUCAGGAGAAUUAUCGCUGCAGAAGUGCCUUCAAGCUCCUAGAGAUCAACCAGAGGUUCAACGUCCUCACCCCGGGAUUGACAGUCGUCGACUGUGGAGCUGCGCCCGGAAGUUGGACCCAGGUGGCAGUGAAGGCGACCAAUUCCCAUGGCAAGGACGAAAACAAGAGGAUUGGAAAGGUCUACGCUAUCGACAGAAACCCGAUUCACGCUGUGGAGGGUGCAACGAUCCUCGGUAACCUGGACUUCACGAGUGCGAAAGCACAGAAACUACUCCUAGAAGCUCUGAAUGGUGACAAGGUUGAUGUUGUCCUGUCUGACAUGGCUCCCAACGCAUCUGGUGUCAGGGACAUUGACCAUGAGCUAAUCACGGAACUUGCCUACUCUGCGCUCAAGUUCUCCGUUCAAGUUUCGAAUACUGAAGGAACGUUCAUUGUGAAGAUGUGGGAUGGGGGCAGGGCUCCUCAAUUUGAAAGGGAUACAGAGAGGUUUUACAAGAGUGUUAAGAUUGUGAGGCCUGCUGCGACGAGAGACGAAUCCACUGAGAAGUUUAUCUUGGCUAGGGGAUUCAAGGGUCUCAAAACGUGACUGUUGGUGAAGUGUUUAUUAAUGUACAGACGUUUAAUGGAAGUUUAUUAUUCGAGAAGAGAAGGGGGUUUUGGAUGUGCAUAACAUUUUGUACAAAUACAGAAGAUUGUUGUUUAA